AGAUCCGGAAGGACCUGUUCGGCGUCCCGGGCUAGGCCUCGAGUUCCAGGCCCUGGUCCCGCCUCAGGCCCAGGCCCGGUGUUCCAGGUCUCGCUCAAAGAUAGCCUGGUGGCCAGCACGACGCUGCGGCGACAGCGGAGGGGGCGGCGAGCCUUUCGCUGAGGUUCCGGGGCUCGUCAGCGGGCGAGGCCUCGGAGCCGCGGUACGUGGCGCACCCCCCCGCCCGCGGCCCGGCCCCGGCGCGGAGCGGAACUGCUGCAGGAGCGGCCUCGGGCCCGCGGUGAGCUGAACCCGCGCAUUUAACAGCCCUUGGGGGAUGAUCCACCCGCCUCAGCGGCGCGUCUGAGGCCCGCGCUCCCCGGCGGCCUUGCAGCCGAUGACUGACCGGUGCUGACCGGGGUUGCUGGAGAGGCGGCCGCUGCCUUCGAGCCUCCGGUUUCCGCGAGGAACGUUGUUCCGCGAGGUCCCCGCAGGAGCCCGGCCUGCACAUGAAAGUGUCUCUCGGUAGCGGGGAAAUGGGCGUCUCGGCCCACUUGCAGCCUUGCAAGGCCGGGACCACCCGGUUUUUUACCAGCAACACGCACAGCUCGGUGGUGUUGCAAGGCUUUGAUCAGCUUAGAAUAGAAGGUUUGCUGUGUGAUGUGACCCUGGUACCGGGUGACGGGGACGAGAUCUUCCCGGUGCACAGAGCCAUGAUGGCGUCUGCCAGUGAUUACUUCAAGGCGAUGUUCACCGGGGGCAUGAAAGAGCAAGAUCUAAUGUGUAUUAAGCUCCACGGGGUGAACAAGGUCGGUCUGAAGAAAAUCAUUGAUUUUAUUUACACUGCAAAGCUUUCUCUCAAUAUGGACAAUCUUCAGGACACGCUGGAAGCUGCCAGCUUUCUGCAGAUUUUGCCCGUUCUGGACUUCUGCAAAGUAUUCCUCAUCUCAGGCGUCUCUUUGGAUAACUGUGUUGAGGUUGGGCGAAUUGCUAACACCUACAAUCUUAUAGAAGUGGACAAGUAUGUUAAUAAUUUCAUCCUGAAGAACUUCCCGGCUUUAUUGAGUACCGGGGAGUUUCUGAAGCUCCCUUUUGAAAGGCUGGCCUUUGUGCUCUCCAGUAAUAGCCUUAAGCACUGUACUGAACUUGAACUCUUCAAGGCUGCCUGCCGCUGGUUGAGAUUGGAAGACCCGCGGAUGGAUUUUGCUGCAAAAUUGAUGAAAAAUAUUCGAUUUCCACUGAUGACACCACAAGACCUCAUCAAUUACGUGCAGACGGUAGAUUUCAUGAGAACAGACAAUACUUGUGUGAAUUUGCUUUUGGAAGCCAGCAAUUACCAAAUGAUGCCAUACAUGCAGCCAGUGAUGCAGUCAGACAGAACUGCCAUCCGAUCUGACUCCACCCACUUGGUUACAUUAGGAGGAGUUUUGAGGCAGCAGUUAGUUGUCAGUAAAGAGUUAAGGAUGUAUGAUGAAAGGGCACAAGAGUGGAAAUCUUUAGCCCCCAUGGAUGCUCCUCGUUACCAGCACGGCAUUGCCGUCAUUGGAAAUUUCCUUUAUGUAGUUGGUGGUCAGAGUAAUUAUGAUACAAAAGGAAAAACUGCCGUUGAUACAGUUUUCAGAUUUGAUCCUCGAUAUAAUAAAUGGAUGCAGGUGGCAUCAUUAAAUGAAAAACGCACAUUUUUCCACUUGAGUGCUCUCAAAGGACAUUUGUAUGCAGUUGGUGGGCGCAGUGCAGCUGGAGAACUGGCUACAGUAGAAUGUUACAACCCGAGAAUGAAUGAAUGGAGCUAUGUUGCAAAAAUGAGUGAACCCCACUAUGGCCAUGCUGGAACCGUGUAUGGAGGCUUAAUGUAUAUUUCAGGAGGAAUUACCCAUGACACUUUCCAAAAUGAACUAAUGUGUUUUGAUCCAGAUACAGAUAAAUGGACACAGAAGGCUCCAAUGACUACAGUCAGAGGUCUGCAUUGCAUGUGUACAGUUGGAGACAAGCUCUAUGUCAUUGGUGGCAAUCACUUCAGAGGGACAAGUGAUUACGAUGAUGUUCUAAGCUGUGAAUAUUAUUCACCAACCCUUGACCAGUGGACACCAAUUGCUGCCAUGUUAAGGGGUCAAAGUGAUGUUGGAGUUGCUGUCUUUGAAAAUAAAAUUUAUGUUGUUGGUGGAUAUUCUUGGAAUAAUCGUUGCAUGGUAGAAAUUGUCCAGAAAUAUGACCCAGAAAAAGAUGAGUGGCAUAAAGUUUUUGAUCUGCCAGAGUCACUUGGUGGCAUUCGAGCUUGCACCCUUACUGUUUUUCCUCCUGAAGAAAACCCUGGGUCACCUUCUAGAGAAUCGCCUCUUUCAGCACCUUCAGAUCAUUCUUAGGUAUAAAACCUUUGCAGUGCAUCAUGAAUGCAUUUUGUAGUUCUUCAAUUGUAUCUUCUUGUGAUUGGUAUAGUUAUUAGACCAAAAGUUUAACUUAGGUUAUUUGUCUUGUUUGGUUUAGGAGCUGAGGAUGUUUAUCAAACGAUUAACAUUCUGAAAAUGUGUUCUAACAUAUACAGCACUUUUAACAAGUGAAAAAUAAUAUGUAGAAAGUUAGAUGUCCUUGUGGUAUGGAAUAACAAUACUAUGUGACUGUGUACAAUAUGUGACUGUAGUGAUUGUGUAAUUAUGUCCAUUGUACUUCACAGUUGAAAUUUUCUUCUGGCUGGAGAAUAUCAAAGGGCCACCUGGUCUCUUCUAUAGCAAACAAUGUUGUUAAGUAUUAUUAGCUACCUCCGUCUUUGCAUAUGGUUUUUGACAUGUCUGUUAACUGUUAAGUUUGUGUAGUUGCACUUGGAACAUAGUGAAAUUUUGUUGGCAAACAGGAGAAAUAAUAAAACUAGGAGAAAUAGUCCUAAAUCAUAAUUUGGUAUCUCUUUCUGUAAAGAGAGAGAAAAGAGAAAAUGUGUAUAGACAGUACACAUGCACACAUGUAAAUACAUGUAUGCAUUCACGUAAAUUUUUCAAUUACCACUUAACUGUAAUGAGAUUGUUCUGAAAUUCAUUUUUUUCUUUCACAGAGCAGCUAUUUCUAUUUUUAGAAUUCAGUAGCAGAGACUGUCCUUAUAGUCAUAAAAUUUAGAUAGCUAAGGGCUACAACAUAAAAUAGAUGUCUGUUUUUGUCAUUUGACAAAUUUACUUUGACAAAUGACAUUUCUGCUUGGAUAGUGUUUUCCUAUAAAGUUGUUUUUAUACAGGUUAUUUAGCAAAGUUCAGGUUUCAGAGAAUUGCUUUUACUCAUUAACUUUACUGUUUUUUUCUACCUUUUCUGUAAACUUUGUUAUAUGAAAAAAGGAAAGAAAUAUUCUGAACAAAGCUGUAAGAUUUUAAAUUCAGUCCCCAGUCUACUCUUGACAGUCUACUCACUCUGGAGUGAUUGCUUUAGUGCCACUGUAGCCCAUUACGGUUUAGCUGUGUGACCUGCCUGAGGCUAUGAUCUGAGCAAGUAGAAGAUACACUCUUUUAUGCAUCAGAUCAGAAAAAAAUAUCCUCUGAGCUGUGUCUCAAGGACAGAACCAACCUCAUAUUCACUAAGAAGCCAGCUAAACAAAUUCAUAACACUUUUGACUUACAGGCAGUACUACAGAGGUGAACCUGAUGGUUGAGAGUAGCAUCAGGAAAUUUUAGCAGGGCCUUACCAGUAUAUAUAUGCCUCUGCUUAGGAGAUUGUUAAGAGUUUAGUUCAGGAACAACUUCCUCUAUUGACACUUCCACAGUAUAACUCAGGAGCCAAGGCAAAAGGCGUUGGAUUCCAGGAAAUCUGAACCUUACUGCCCACACAAGUGUUGGUUUAUUUUAGUGCUUUUUAUGAUUUCUGCAUUGGCAGAAAUGUCAUACUUUCUAUGUUUUUGUUAAUGACGCUUUUUGUUUUUGUUUUUUUAAUUGAAAGUAGCACUUUUUUGAGUACCUUUACAAGAUAGAUAAAGAAUUUGCUGUUAACUUUGUGUAUUGAAUAAGCAAGUACCCCAAAUCAUUUCUUUGGAUUAUUAAUGAUAUUGACUAUGUAUUUUUAGUAGCUGUGUUUCCUCUUUAGUCAAAUGUUCAUGUCCUUUGCCUAUUGGAAUUGCUUUGUUUUUCAUACGAAGUUAUAGGGUUUCUUUAUAUAAUAAAUAUAAUUUAAUUGGCA